UGCUCACAGUAGAAUAUGGCGGCGAUUUAUGACGUCAUAUAUUUCCCUAGCGUACUGCGGCAUAUUACUGGCAGUCCAUAACGGAACGAAUUUUUCUACAGUGAUAGCACUGUGCAGUGCUCGCAGUGUAUAUCGGAACAUACCCGCAGUCAGUUGUUAUUUUCAGUUAAAGAGCACGCAUAUCUUUUGAAAACAUUGAAAAAAUUUAAAACCCUAAAAAAUAUUAUUUCCUAAACUUGUGCACCGACCUCACGAGGAUGGAAUAAGGGCAGGGUGGUGGCCAGGGAUGUGACAAAAAUAUAAUUUCUUGCCAGUCCAGGAAAGUAAAGAAUAUCUCUAUUUUGCGGAAAAUGUAAAAAAUCAGGUGACAGGUGACAGUGAACAGGUGACAGUAAAGAGUACAUAAGUGACAGUGAUAACAUACCAAAAUUUCAAAAUUAAUGAAAAUUUAAAUUUCAUGCUGUGUUUCAUCGUAAAAAUGUUAUUACUUCAAUAAAUAGACAUAUUUUUAGGAAAUUGCAUGCGCUGUAUUCGUUUUAUAGAGGACUUUGAAACUUUAACGUACGCAUAACUGAACAAACACUAGUUAGAAAUCGAACUCGAUAUAGGCUUAUUAAUGAGAAGCUGCGAAGUUUUUUUUACUGAGAAGAGUAUUAGAACUUUACGUAAGACAAUCAAAACUUAUGCCAUUACGAAUUCUUGUACCAUGGCAGAUAAUAACAAAAACAUAAAAAACGAUACAGUACAUAAACUCGUAAAGAACUUUUUUAUCGGUAGUUUGAAAUAUGAAUUAACAAAAGAUGAAAUAAAUGAACUAUCUUUGGUCAAUCAAGAAAUAUUUUUGAGAUCAACAAUUCACAGCUCUCUUUACAAAAAGUACCCCUUAAAAGUUGAAUUUUGUAGAUUAUUUUUUAAGAAACUAAUUAAAUAUUUGGAAUAUUCUGAAGUCCAUGAUGAUAUAUAUGAAUUUAUAUGUUCGCUCAUGAAAAUAAAAAAUGAAGAAAAUAAAUUUUCUUAUAGACAUUACAUUAUUGAAAAUAGUUUAAAAGAUAUUAUAACAAUAAAAGAAACAAAUAACAUGGUUAUCAAUGGGACAACUGGUAUGAAAACUUGGGAGGCUGCUAUAAUGCUAUCAGAUUGGAUACUAUGUAAUAAAAAAAUAUUUUAUAACCAAAGAAUACUGGAACUAGGUUCAGGAGUGGGCUUUACAGGUAUUAUUGUUGGCAAGUACUGUAUGCCAAAAUCUACAACAUUAACUGAUUGUCACAGUGAUGUCCUUGAUUUACUUGUUGAGAAUAUCAUAAUUAACUUUCCAGACUUACAAAAAACUACAUCUUCACAAUAUCAAAGUUUUAGGAAUGAUGAGAAAGUAAUAGAUGUAGCAAAGUUAGAUUGGCAGUGUCCGGAAGAUGUAAAUGAUUAUUAUUACCCAGAUAUUGUGAUUGGUGCUGAUAUAAUUUAUGAUCCAUCAAUACUGCUGCCUCUUUGCAAUGUUUUAAAUAUAUUUUUUAAUAGAAAUCCUCAGUUACAAGUGUAUAUUGCAAGUAUUAUAAGGAAUGAAGAAACUUUUAAUCAAUUUUUAGAAGUGUUAGAUAACAUUAAUGUUGCAGUGGAUAAGGUGAUUCCAACGGAAUGUGUCUAUUUGAAUUGGGAUCAAGAAAUAAAAAAAUAUUAUCCUCGGGCGGGAUUGUGGUGA